AUUCACUAAACUGCAAAGGCAGAAGACCAUGGUAGACAGUGUCGAUCUAGGGAACAGAGCGUAAAUACUGGCGCAGAACGUCCGUCGCCUGUUCGCCAAAGCCCAUGGAGGACAUCCAGGAAACGGCGUGUGAGUGCGAGGUGGCAGCGACUGAGGACACGCGGCAGGAGUCGGAGUCCUCUGGCUCUGUCAGUUCUGAUUCCGCGGAUCAGCAGCUGAGCUCAGUAGAUGGCGCUGACGAUCCGGCGAUGCUAGCGCCAUUGCAGUUCGUAUGGCCGUGUAGGCACGGAUUUCAACAGGACACUGGCAAGAAGGCCAUUGAAAACUACUUAGAGCUGUUGGACAUGGACGCACAGAUCUGGAAGUGGAACACGGCUUUCACUGGCGAGAAGAACGGCGUGUACCAGUAUCGUGCGUGGUUCGGCCAGCCCACACGGGCGUACCCGCUGCCGUAUCCCACAGUGGAUGUCCAUUUCGAGCUGAGCGCAAAGACUGAUCCAGUUUCCGUGAAGUUCGCCAUUGAAGACUACAACGUGGUACAUAAGCCUCAGGAGACCCGUCUCCACGUACACUGGCUUAACUUGGCGCUGGACAGCAAGUGCAAGAUGAUACAGGCUCGGAUGGAUUUCCUGAAGCAGGUACAUUCUGCGGCGACAUGAUGCGACGCCUGCGUGCGCACACCGGUGUCUGACUUGUGUGCAUAUGUCAGAAAUAGCCUACAAACUUGCAAGCAAAGUAUCUAUUUUCCGUAGCACACAGUAGCAUAAUAUAGCCAAUCAUGUAUUGUUUGGAAUGGCCCAGUCCUUCCUUGUCCGCCUCUGUGUCUAUUCUUCUUUGCAAGUCACAGAGUAGUGGUUACAAAGACUCGCGCAUCGUACGAACAGGAGGAUCUGAACCUUUUCUAUGUGUACAGUGUCACUGUGUCAUUAUCCAUACAAACAAUUAUCUUGAGCUACUCGCUAUGUGUACUUGAAUACUACUUGAAAGAGAUUUAAAUGUCUUAGUAUCAAUUGAAUCCUAAUAUCAAUCUCCACUUCAAUACGUUUUCCUCAUCCUUAUGAUUAUCAAUUUGAGCCUCAAUGGAGUUUUGUCCUUUGUUCCCCACUCCCAGUA